AUGCAAUCAUCAAAUCUGUUGCAACAACCACUACAACCAACCGAUUUCACAUCGAUUCCACAUCCCACUGAAUCAGCAUCAGUUCAAUCGGAGCAAUUUUCAAGCACUUACAUCUUUAGUACUCAUGAAAGUGAGAUAUCAAACAACAUGAACUCCAAUAUGCCGUUGUGCGCGGAAAUUGAUCCGCGCGGUACGAUUCAAUCGUCCCCGAUUGUCUAUUCUCUAGUGCCGAUACCGGAGCAGGGAGAAAAAGUAUAUUACGAAUUGAAAACGUGUCAUCAAUCACAUCCAAGUGCUGAAACAAACAAUAUGACAGCGCAUGCCAUAUCAGCCGGAUUUCAACAACCGCAAUCAUUACAGCAACCAGUCCUGGAUCUUGGUAUCCCGACGGUUGCGGAAUAUUCAAUGAAUGAACAACAUCAAGUUUUAGUGGCACCGAACGAAGGACAAGAGAGAAUCUUCAAGUUGGAGGAAAAUCGACCGGUAGACAACAGAUUAACGAGGAUUAAACGAUCUACCACAACAACGAGAGCAAAGUCAAAGGAUCUUUGCGUUGUUUGUGGUGAUACUGCAUCUGGCAAUCACUACAAGGCAUUAACCUGUGAAGGAUGUAAGAGUUUCUUCCGACGAUCCAUGCAGCGGAAAGAGAUGUAUAAAUGCCAGCGGAAUGGCGAUUGUCCGAUAACACCGAAUACCAGAAGUAAAUGUCAGAUGUGCCGUUUAGCAAAAUGUCUCGAGAUGGGAAUGGAUCCGAAUUCUGUGUGCAUGAAAGAGCAAGAAUAG